CGGUAACAAAAUUGUAGUGGCUCUUUAAAUUUUUCUAGUUUUCAGUGAAGAAGAUUUUCAAAAUGUCUACCUCAUCUGCAAAUUUGAAAAAUAUUUUGUUCAAAGAGCGUUUGGUCGUAAGUAGAAAAUAAAUUGCAUCAUUAAAAUCAAACAGUAUAUUCGGUUUCAAAACAUGGAAAUACUGAAUUUUAAUAAAUCUGUAUUUGGAAAUAGGUAACUACCCAAAAGUCAUGGUAGUAAUGAAAGAUUGUUGACAGUUGAUUUGAGUUGAUGUUGAUGAGCAAUGAGGGAGUAUUUUUGGGUAAAUCUUGGUUGCCGCGAACUUAUGUCCUAAUUGUAUCUCUGGCAAUUCUCCGAAGUCCGGUCCCAAAUUAUUUCGAAUGAAAAAAAUUGCAAUGCACAGUGUCUAUUGUUAGGAAACAGCAGAAAUGUCAGUCAUAGCUUUUGCAAAUAACUAUCAGUUUACAAACCAGUCAGUAAACACUAAAUAUUGUAUUUGUAAUUGGCACAUAACAUUUGCAAAUAGCAGCCGAAAACGUUCUGCUUGUGACUGUUGCGCCACUGAAGGCUCCAAGAAGCUGACAAACAGACCACGUAGGCACGCCAAUACUGCCAAUACCGGGCGACACGGGUGAUAAAAUCUGCGGUGUUCGUGUGGUACAUUUCUGUGACCAGCCGCGAAGGGUGGGUUUCGGCAUAUGUCGGGCUUUGUCGUUCCUAUGCGUCAUUUUCUAAAAAUAAAUAAGUUUUAGUCUUAAACUCUAUUUGCUGAAGAAUUCCAGUAACGACGGUAUAAAUGCUGUGUAAUUCUGACCUGUCUCAGACGAACAGUUGGACCGCAAACUGUGGGUAAGUGUUAAUUUUUUUGUAUAGUGGAUGCUAGAAUAAAAACUUUAAGACGAGCUAGCUUGAUCGCAGUAAUUUUGAAAGCAUUUAUUAUUAACAUUACUGGCUGUUGCUAGAAUUUAUGAUACUGAGCGACAGAAAAAAUCCACAUAUUAUGAAAAAACGCCGGCCAUCUUUUUUUUACAUAAUUUUGUUGACCGGAGGGAGGUGAAAUUAUUUGGAAAUAAACGCUUUAAAUAAAACAUUUCUAAAUCAUUGAAACAUCUGAAUAAAUUAAAGUUUUUUUAUUCUAACAUGAAUACACAACAUAAAUAUAUACAAGAAAGUAUUUUUAAAAUUUUUUUUUAGUUUGUACAAUUAUUCUAUAAUAAACAAGAAAUUGAUCAAUUUGCAAAUAUGAACUCCUCUUCAAUAACAACAAUGUAUUUAUUAGCUGUUAGCUAUUAUUAAUUAUUAGUCUUACAUAAACUAAGAUUACUAGUUAUAAGGGUGUAUCUUUAGACUUUUAUUCAUACUUUAUUUAAAUUAAUGAAAUAAAUACAUUUUAAUACUAGUAUUUUUACUAGGGACAUUUCUUUUAUUUGCGUGAUUUCAUUGCAAUCUUUUUUUUUUUUUCAGUCUACCCAAGCCCUAGUUGUUAUCCAUCCCUGUUUAUCUUCCACUGACACUAGUGACACUGCUCUUUGUUAACUUUUUGAAGACUUAACCUCUUUGAAGGAAGUGAAAAUGGCUGAAGUUAAUAUCUGUUAAGAAAUCUAGAACAAAUUUUUUGUAAGUUGGUAUUUUCUGACAUAGAUCAUGAAGAGAUAACAUUGUCACAUUUAGUUUCUGAUGUUAUUUGGGAGAUUUUCAUUUUGUUUAAUUGUGUUUUGAUGAGAUUUAUUUGAAUUUUCAGUUUGCUCAUUGUAAAAUUUAAUAUUUUUUAUAUUUUCAGGUGGACUCACAUGCAUUUAGUUUCUGAUGUUUUUAUGGGAGAUUUUCUAUUUGUUAAAAUUCGUUUUUAUAAAAUUUAUUUGAAUUUUCAGUUGGCUCAUUGUAAAAUUUAUUUUUUAAUAUUUUUUAUACUUUCAGGUGGAAGUUCUUAUGGGAGAUUUUCAUUUUGUUUACUUGUGUUUUGAUUAAACUUAUUCACUCAUUGUAGAAUUUAAUUUUUAAUAUUUUGUAUACUUUCAGAUGGACAAGGAUACAAUCUUUGCUGUGGACCAUGGAUUGCUACAUUGCAUAGGACGUUUUUUUUGUUUUGUAUUUAAAUGCACCAGUACAAUAAUGAUGAUGAAGAUUCAUAUUUAUUUUAUAUAAUAUGUUCUGAAUUAUUGUUUUUGUAUUUAAAUACUUUAUUAAAUUUAGAUUGUCACUGUCUAUUUGUACUGAAGAUUUUAUUGAAUUAGCAUUGUUAGUUAAAAAGUUCUGCUUAAAAUGUACAUCAAAAUGUCAACAGAUUACAUGAUAUUUUUAAAUUUGUAUAGCAUGAUUUUAUUAGCAUUUGCAAUAUUUGAAUAUUCUGUUACAUUUGGAUUGUCACAAACUAUUUUUACUGAAAGUUUGAUUACAGUAGCUUCAUUAGUUUAAAAGUUAUGUAUUUAAAUGUAAAAAUUUCUCGGCCGCGGUUGCUUUUCAUGAAAUAUUUUUUCUAAAAUUGCAAACAAAUUUCUGAUUUGUAUUUUAUGUAUUUUAAAUGUGCCUUAUUUGUAGAUGGACAUCAUCUGUUUGUAUUGAAAAUUUUAUAGCAAUAGCUUUAUUGGUUUAGUAAUUAUGUGGUUUUUUGUAAAAUUAAAUUUUUCGACAAUUGUCGUUAUCCACGCCAUGUGCUAAUAAAAUCAUUUUUUUUUCAAAUAUAUUAAGUUAAUUCACAAUUCAUGUGUUUUGUUUUGUUACACAUUGUAUUUUAAACGUUUCCUCCAAAUUUGAGAGCUCUAACUUUAAUAGCCAAAAAGAUACAAGCAAAAUAGUACAAAAAGAGUAAUAAUGUGAUCACAGUCUUAAAAAUUAAAUACAAAGCCGAAUAUUGGGGAAAAAUAAAUCACUAAAAAAUUCAUAACUUUUCUCCUAUAAGUGAUAGAAAGAUUAUCUUGGUGUCAUUGGAAAGCUUAGAGCCAGCUCUUUCCAAUGAUAUGCUCUUUGUGUAUGUCAGAUGUUUUUGAAAAUUUGAGUUGGAGUGCCUAGACCACGACUAGUACCACUCUGAAAGCGGAGUUUACGUUUCGCUUGCAUCCAAAGUCCUUUAAUAAUUUAUGUGUGAAUGUCCUGGUCUACUGGAUCAACAAAUUCAUGCGCGUGCACAAUGACAGCGUGAGCAUAAAUCCCAUUGUUGAGCUGACCGAAAUUUUGAUAUCCUUGCCCAUCGUCCGUGACGAUAGCUGUCCCUGGUAACACAUGAUAGUGAUAAUGCGCUCGAGUUUUUGUGCAUCUCGACGGCCAACAACCUCCAUCUAACAUCGUCCACUGCCGCUUACAUGAAUUUCAAAACAGAAUAAUGCCCAAGACUUUUAAGUAAGGAUUAAUCAUUGGAAAUAAUUUGGGACCGGACUUCGGAGGAUUGCUGUAGCUCUAAACCUAUCCUGAACCCUAAACCUAUCCCUAACCUGGGUUUUUACCCUAUCAGAACCAGGGUUUUGACCAUAUUCAGGAACAAAACACACAAAUGAUGUCAGGGUGCUUUCUCUCCAAAUUAGCCUAUUUUUGUAAUUUGUACACUGAGGACAUGGGUAAAUUGUAUGGACGAAUGCCACAUUUUUAUCGAAUUUCACGAAUGUAUCCCUAAAUCGAUCCCUAUGCCUAACCUGAACCCUAAAUCGAUCCCUAUGCCUAACCCUAAAUGAUCCCUAUGCUUAACCUGAACCCUAAAUCGAUCCCUCAACCUAACCUAAACCCUAAUUCACUGCAACUAUAAUAAACACACAAAAGACGCCGUGGCAUCCCUCCUUAAUCUCAGCCAGGACAUGUAGCCUACAGGCACAUUAGUGGUCCUAGAAAUUUGUUUAAAUUCAUCUGACAUCUGAUGAAAUAUCAACCAACCUCUUUUUUGGUUCUGGUAGUGUUUGUUGCUGCAUCCAUAUACUGGCAUCUGUGCAACGGUUGGGGGAAUGGUGUUGCUGGUCUAACAGCUCCCAGCAGAUGCCAGGGCAGCCUUGAAGUUUUCAAUCGAUGUCACAGCGGCAUUGUCCAGGUGGUUCCAAGCUAUUAUUGUGCGUGGGAAGAAAGAUUGUUUAUACUGCACUGUGUUGCACCGAGGCACAGUGAAGCAUUAGCUAUUGUAUCGGGUGUAAUUUUUUAUUGUGUUGUCAGUGGUGAAGUCAAUGUUCAGUGAGCAUUUAGCUCUGAUCAAUGACCCUGCUUCUGUGGGGUGAGGUACGUGCUUGCUGGGAUGGCCAGCACCAGUCCCAUGACCACUUUAUAUAAGAAAAUCAGGCGGAGUCCCUCUGGUCUCUCUUUAAGGGAUGUCAAACCUUUUUAAGAGGCCAGUGACGAAGCCAAAAGUGGUGGAUUUGUAGUCUCGUGUGAUGAGUAGCACCGCAUUACGUUGAAUUGGCUCCAUCUUGUCCACGUCUUGCUGAAGGUGUAGUUCCUAGAUGAUUACACCAUAUUCUAGUAGUGGACGGAUGAGUGCGAGUUAUGCUUGAUGGUAGGUUUAGAAUGUCACAUGGUAGUUGGUGUCUAUUACAAAUUUGUCAGCCAAAUUCAGUUUAAAAAUAUCUUGUUUAUCAUGAAGAAACUCUAAAGAAAGUUAUGAUUUUUUAAGGAAUUAUUUUGGGAUAACUCUGAAACAGAAAAUAUAAAGGUGAAUAUACUAUAAUGAAAAUUGGGCAGAGAAUUUUUGAGAGAAAUUCCCCUCCCUGCUUUUUCUUAUUUUAAGUUAAAGAUUUAAUAAACAAUGGUAUCCAGGGAAGAAAUGUAAUAUCCAAGUUCUCACUUUUUUGAAACUUUAAUAAAAUUGUUGUGGUAGGAUGAACAAUAAAGGAUGAAUAUGAAUGGAGAAUAUGAACCAACCAGGAAUUUUGUAGUCUAUAUCAGGAUGCCACGUUUGUAGCAGAAAUGAAAAAAGGGCGGGCUACGCUGGGCGGGACACUAAGAAAGAAUGCCAUAUGACAGAGGAGUGAAGAGGGUGCACCACCAAAACCCCAGAUUAAAACGGCUCAAAGGCACAUCUAGUCUUAGAUGUAUGGAUGAUGUGAGAGCGGAAAAAGAUCUACAGCAGCUGGGAAACCAAGCAUGGAAAAGAAAAGCAUCAGCUAGGUCUGAGUAGAAGGAUGUGGUGAUGCAGGCCGAAGCCCGGCUUGGGCUGUAGUGCCACAGGGAUGGAUGAAAUUAAUAAUUAUAAAUGCAUCUAGAAAUGAAUUAGGUUUAAUAAAAAUAUAACAUUUACAACAAACAAAUAAUAACCAAUGAAACAAGAUGAAAACUUUUGUUUUUAAAAAUUAAAAUCACAUAAAAUCAGGCCAUCACCGGACGUCUCAGGGGGCGCAAAAUUUCAUUGCUAUUUUAAAAUAAAAAUGACAGAGGUGUGUUGCUACGCGCUGGGAGGCAUUUCUUCUGGGAACCCCCAAGCAUGCAUUUAGUCGCAACCCUUGGCAAUGAGUUAACAUUAUAAAAUGGGCUCAAGCUUCGUGGCCUAAUGUUAUAUAGUCAUACAUAACAUAGUCGUACAGAUAUUUUAUUUUUUUUUAACUUUGUAAAUUUAAUUUUUAAACGUGUCAGUAAAAAGUGUUGCUUGUCAUAAAAAUCUUCAUAUUUAGAAAAUUUGUCAGCAAACUAUAAUUCUUUGAGUUUGCGAUCCUGGCCAUUGCCAUUGGAAUAACUGUGGCUUCCGAAAUUGAAGACAUGUGCCGAAACGUUUACUUGUGUAUGAUGUAUAAUUAUUAUUAAAGUGUAACUUAUAUUGUUAUAUUGACAUAAUUUUUUCGUGUCUUAUUAAUCUAUGGCUUCCGAAAGCUCAGUUGGUUUAUUAUGGCAUUGCUCAUAUAUUUGUCUGUUUUUAAUUUGAAUAGUCAAUUGUUAUUUUAAUUUUUGAUCUAUGAUGUCAAGUGCUCACACAGAAAUAUAAAUAAUGUGUUUUAUUUUUUGAAUGCUCCAUAUUGUAUAGGCCUAAAAUUCACCUUAUAUAUAUAUAUAGUGCACUUAUCUUUACCCAUAUUUAUAGUAUGAAAUCAUAUGAUGUGCUUAAAUUUAAGGAAAAUGAUUUUUCAGUUUCUUGACUGUCCAUACGUAGAAGAUAUGGAUGAGGCAACUAUUAUAGAGCUUCUGAUCUCUCCUGGGGAAGAAAGGUUUAAAAUUCUACAAUGGCUAUUCUCAAGGUAAAUUAUGUUUACUGAUUUUUUACUCAAAUACUCAAGAUUUGUAGAAAAAAUUUCACACACUAAACUUAAUUAGUAGAAAUAAUUAAAAUCUGAAGGACAACCAUUUGAAUUGUACUAACCAGUAUUAGGUUUCUAGAAUUUGGAAGACAGAUUUGUUUUAUUGAUAAUAUCAUUUAUAUAAAACAGCCUUAAGAUAAAAUAUGUGACAAAACUUUUGUUAUAAACAUUAAAUAAAAGCUAAAUUCUCAUCAGAUACGACUCAAAGCUGGCAGAACUCCUGGACCCAUCCCAACCAUCUUUUGGUGCUAGAACCGAAUCAAGAGUGCAAAGUAAAUUCUUUAAAUAAAUUUUACAUUUAUAUUUUCAAAUAAUUUAAUUUAAUGGCCUAAAAAAAUUUCAUGUAUAAUUUCUUGAGUUAUAAUAUAACCAAAUGUUUGCGUGGAAUCGCAUGAAAUGUAAAUAUAAAGCAACAGGUUAAGUUAAGUUUAAAAAAGUAUCAAUCAUGACCCAGUCAGCUGAAAGCCUUAAAUGGUGGAUGAAAUAGGAUGACAAGCAAAAAAUUAUAGUCUCUAUAAAUUGUAAAUUUCUGGUGACAUAUCUGAAAAAACAAGCCAAUUUUACACAUUGAUGUAAUCCAUAUCACCCUAGUAAAAUGUAUGUAUUUCUUAUAAUCAAUAGCAGCCAUUGAAAGUAGUGGUUUCCUUGUGUGUUGUUGUGAUGCACUAGAUCUACUCAGAAAAAGUUAGCUAAAUUAUCUAACUCUUAAGGGGAAAGUGAAAGAGUACAACUGUGCAACCAUUAUUUCUUCCUUAAAAAAAUAUAUGAAAAACAAUACAUUUUCUUAAAAUUCAUUGAGUCCAUACGUUUCCAUUCGUCAGUUGUUAAUCAGGCUGUGUUAUUAAAGUGCACACAAUAAAGUUUGCUGCAUGCACAAUACACAAUUAAUCAUAUUUUCAUUUAGAUAUUUUUAAACCCCUUUACAACUUCUCUAAAACUGAAAGAAAAAAAUAUUGUAAUAUUGUUAGAGCCCUGAGAUUAAAAUUUUAUUAUUUCUAACAUAUUGGCAGCUGUGAAAUGAUUGCUUGGUUUCACAUAUUAAUUGUAUUUUAAUUCCUGCUCCCAGCCUUUUCCCUUCUUUUCCUUAACAUUCUGUUCAGAAGGUUGGCCACUCAUUAUGUUACAUUUUAAUUCAUGUACCUUGUGUUUGACUCUUGAAGGUUGGUAGCUGAAAUAUUUUGUCUACUCUAUUCAAACUUAGCCAUACUUGUUACUUAUCUGAAUAGUUUUUGUCUUUAAUCAACAAAAACUAUCGUGCUAAGAGAAAAUUGUGCUUUUAAAGUGCAUUAAUAGUAACUAAGAAUUAUUGUAUUUUAUUCAUAAUUUUCUUCUAGGGCUGUUGACAGCAGCAGGAGCAAUGUGUUUAUGUCGCCAUGAUGAUGUAGAUCUUAUAAGAGUAAGUUGCAUUCUGUUAAAACUUUUCUACCUAAUAGAACUUAUAACUGUGAGUAUUAACUUUGUAUAUGUAGCCUAAAUACUUUUUAAUCACAUGGUGAGUAUAAAUAUUUGUAGAGCCCAAUAUUUUACUUCCAGUAAUAUUUUUCCAUGCAUGCAGUGAGAUAAGAUUUUAACUAAUGAGUAAUCCACUUGCAUUCCUGUGUAAUGUAUUCAAUUCUCUUCAAAAAUGCUCUUUCUCCCACAGGGUGGUGGACCAGUACAAAAACAGCUCUAUUUCAUUGAUAGAUUGUUAGAUGUGGCAUGUAUAAGAUAUAAAUCUUACAUCCAGGAAAAUUCAUCAGAUUCCAGGUUUGGAUUGGCUACGGUUUUCAAAGUUCUCAGUUCAGUUAUUUUUAUAAACUAGAAACUUAUUCAAAUUUCUGUGUAUAACCACCUAUUUUCUACCAUGGCCACGAACACAAAAUUUUAAAAAAAUAUUUUUUAAUUCAUCGCCUUUAAACAACAAAAAAAUAAUUUUUGGUAAUUUUCUAAUUAUGUUCAAAUUAAAUGAUGUUUUAUUUACUAUUGCAUUUUAAAAAAUAAAACAAGAAAAGGCAAAGAUUUAUACUAUGAAGAGGCUUCUCACUGUACAGACACUGUGUAGGGCUUUUUGAGUCCUUGUAGCAUAAACAGUUUAGAAAAUAAAUAUUUUCAAUUCUGUUACAGAUCAAACCCUUACAUGCUACACACAAAUACAUUGGUGAACCAAGAUGGAUUUCUAAGUAUGCUGUCUACCAAAGAAGGGUUUCUGCCCAAAGAUAUACUAGCAGAUGUUGAGAAAAUGUGGUCACAGGAAAGCUGGGAGAAAGGAAAGUGAGUACAUUUGAACAGUUAGUGCAUUGUACAAUGAGUGAAUACAAUUAGUACGUUAUACACUGAGUGAAUACAAUUAGUGUAUUGUACAGUGAGUGAAUACAAUUAUUAUAUUGUACAGUAAGUGAAUACAAUUAGUAUAUUGUACACUGAGUUUGGAACUGUUGGUUCCAGAGAUGACAGUAAAGCUCAAUCAAUUUUUAUAAUGAAAUAGUUACAUUGUAAUAUGUCAAUCGGGACUUUAAAAAAAAGGUUAGCAAAAGAAAGAAUGCAUAAUUAUGAAUAUGAGAUUAAUUUUAAUGUCCUUAGCUUUUCAAUAACUUUAUAAUUAUUUAUUAAAAUCUGAUACAAUGUUUAUUUUCAGGCCACUGCCAGCUCCUGAUUCAAAAGAUUUAUCAAAGUUGUCCAAAAAUUUGAAUGAAGUGCUGCAGAAACAAAACAGCAAACUUAGUAGUUUACAAGAACAGGUAUGUGUCAAACAAAUGGUUUUUGAAAAUGGAUUAGAUGUCUUUUUAACACUUUAUAUCCACAUAGUGCGUAUAGCAAAAUACCCCUUCUGUUCAAAUGUAUUUUCCCCCCAGAACAGUGAAACUUAGGUUAUAUGACAUAAAACUUAAUAACUUUGUCAAGAUAGAAGAUAAUUAUAUGGCUUCAGUUAAUUUCAUUACAGUUAAAGUAAUCUGUAUCGUUACAGCCUGCAAAAUUAACCACAGUAUUAUCAGCAAUUACAUUUAAAUUCUGACUAAUUUUUACCAAAGUGUUAUUGAUCUGAGUAAAAGACUCUUAAUUAAAAUUUGAAGGAAAAAAAAAAAAAGACAUUUAACAAGCUAUUUUCAUUUCAAAGUUGUGGUUUAUCCAUUUAGAUCUUUCAUGAAUUUUUCUUGCCAUGUUAUAUGGAAGCUAACCUAUUUCAUGCUAAAUAAAAAAAAUUAUCUUUUUUUAUAAAUGAUAAUCAGGAACAAUGCUAAGAUUUUAGAAUUUUUGUUGGUAUUGUUUUCACACAAUUAUUAAUGUUUACUAAGCUAAAUUUUCAUAGCCUAGGUACAGUUUGACCCAUCAGUUUUCAAGCAAAAGAAUAUUUUAUGGAUUAUAAUAUUGUAGGUAUCACUACAAGGUGAGGAUAAGAACAAUGAUCUCAAGAUGAAGGCGCACACGCUAUCAACUGUUCUCAGAGAACUGCGCCAGCUGGCAGAGGGGUUUACCCAGUGCUAUGAGUCCAACUUUAGUCCAUGGUGCCACAAGCCCCCGCCUGAACAUAGUGAGCUGGGAAUUUUAUUGAAAAGGGUUCACAGCUAUUUGCAGAAUAUGGUCCAGGUAAUAAUUGAAUUGCUAUUUUAUGAAAGUUGUUCUUUAAAAUGUGUAAAAAAAUUUUUACAUGAAAGUAUUUGGUGUCUUUGUCUGCAUUCAGUUUCAGUUACUUCCAGGUGAGUUUUUUUGUCCUCAUCAAUAAAUGACUAGAUCAUUGUAUCAUGUUAAAUUCACUUUUCAUACCCUAAAUAAUUACAAUUUACUUGAUUGUGAUACAGGUAUCAAGUUUCUGUUAUUUUGUUUCUAAAACCAGUGUGAGAAAUGCAUAGAAACAGUCAGGUAUUCAUUUCAAAUGUGAAGUGUGUUUAAGUAACCUGUACGUUGGUCUGGAACUAAUGCUAACAACAUGUCAUUUUCAGAAUUAGACUUUAAACUUAAACUUCUUUUUUGAACAAUUAUUCAUCCAUUGAUAGUAAUUGUAAGAGUGACAACCUUUGCAAAAACCGUUUCAUUUUCAGAAUAUGCAGCCGCAUCUCCUUUAAAAAAUUUUAAAAUAUUUUUUUCAUUGCUUUAAGGGACAUUUUUUUUUUAGUAAGUUCUUUAAAAAUUAUGGGUUUUGUUAAACGGAAACUGAAAUCUAAAAUAUUAUUUUUAUUAAAACAUCUGUCAUUUUUGACAUGUAAUGCUUAGUGUUGCCUGUUAGUUGACAGUUAUUAGUUUUGAUUAACUGAAGAAGAACAAAUAUCAUUAUGAAUAUAGACAUAACUUAACUAUCAUUAUGAAUAUAGACAUAACUUAACUAAUUAUUUUAAUGAAUAAAACCAAAUACUUGUUAAUAAGCAAGGCACCUUAAUUUUUAAUUCUUAAGCUUUAUUUUGAUUCUUCCUUGAAUCUUAGAUGUCAAUGCAGCAUGAACUAAAGGAUGUUACAACAAAAUGUAUGGUUUCAAUUUCUUCAGUUACUUACAGAUUUAAAUAAGAUUCGACACACUCAGGGGAAGCUAAUCAAACUUUCAAAGCACCAAUCAGAUGUUCCUUCACAUAUGUCAGGUAAUAGGAUGAAUCAAUUGUGUCAACUGUAUAUCUUAUAAUAGUAUUGCUGAAAAUUACGUGCAUCUGUGUUAACAAUUUGUACAGUGAGUGCACAUUUUGGUUUGUAUUUUGCACACUUGAUUUGUUAGUGAGCAUAUUUUGGUUUGGAGACAAAAUGUGUGGCUGUUGCUAUGCAGUGAUGUUUUGGGUAUGAGAGAUGAUGUUCGUAGUUAUGAUUUUGGUAGUUAGUUGCAGAGAAAUAGUGGAAGGAAGAAGGCACGCUGAGGAGUUAAUCUUGAAUAAAGAACCAUAUCAAAUAUUGAUCUUGGUGUUGUUACUAAUACCCCAAGGCUAAAUUAAUCUAUUGAACUACUCACGCAAAGUUCUUAACAAUCUGGAUUUCCUUCCCUUUAAAAAAGAAAUAUACCACAGGAAGUAGCCACUCCUAAACUAUAUAUAAUAUAUAUACAGUAAUCAGGAGUCACAAACUCUUUAGAUCAGAUGCGGGCAACCUAUGGUCCAGGGACCACAUGCAAUUGCUGACAAAUUUUAAUUUUGCACCCAAGAUCUUCAGAAAAUUUUUUUAAUGUCUUUGUAAAAUGUACAAAUUUUUAAUCAUUAUCUGUAAAAGCCUUUGAAAAUAAAUUGUUACAUAGUACAUUUAUCAAAUUGUAAUAAUAAUAAUAAUCACAGCUUAUUUGAAACAUUUUUCACUUCCCAUUUUUUUAACUGAAUUAUUUGUUAAUAAUUAGCUUACUAUAAUUUAUUGUUCAAUUUAUUGUCUAGAACUUUAAAAUUCCUAGCAAUGGGUCAUGAGAGCUGCCAAAAAAUAUUUUUCCAUGCAGCCCUCUGCACAGCAAAAUUUAUAAAUUACAUGCAAAUGGGAACAAAUGGUGGCCCAAAUUAAUUGGUAAAGAAGGUUUUACUUUUUUGUGGGUCUUAUUGCUGCCAUAAUUUUGAAGUCUUACACAAUAUCAUUAUUUAUUUUAAUCCUAUGGUAAAAUAAAUAAAAUAUUUACCUUUCUUCCUAACACAGAUAAUUCUUCCAAAGAGAUCUCUGUUAGUUUCAAACACUGCCUAAAUAUACUUGAGGAAACAAUCCAUAGAGUGGACUCUAACUUCUCAUCAAAGUAUACUCCUGUAGUUAUGUUAUGAGGAUCUGCGGUAUCACCAAGUUCUUAAAAAUCUGCACCAAAGCAGCAACUGGAUGUCUUGCCUCUCAUCAUCAAGCUUCAGGUUAAUCAAUAAUUGUGAAACUCAUCUGAACCCUCAAGAAACUACUCAAGAUUCAUACCACAUUGAAAAAAUAUAGUGUACCGGUAUAUUACCUUUUAAAUAUUGGUAAACUGAUCUACUGAAAAGGAACCUAAAAUAAAAAGUAAAUUAUAAAUUGUUAAUUAACCUCCUCAUGAAGCCAACAAAUGGGAAAAUAACUUUUUAAAAUUCAUCCUUCUUCCAUGAAAUGAAUAGUUCUUACCAUAGUUUUGCUUCUUGUAGGUAAUGAUGAGCACUAGUCCAUUUUAUCUUUUACCAAUUUCCCAUCUAGCUUUGCAAUGAAAUGGGUUUUUUUAAUUCUCCAAUCUCUACUCUUGUUCUUAGCACACACAUUCUUCAUUCUGCCCUUCCAAAUUUUGCAUCAAGCACUUUUUUGUCUCAGAAGUUCUUUGGUUUCUUCAAUGUACCAGUAUUUAUGUUACCUUAUGUUGUUGAGAUUUCAAAUUUCUGCGCAUAAAAUGAAUUUAUGUUGACUAACAUAUUUGAGCAUUGAGAAAAGUUUUAGGUACUAGAGAUUGUUGUGGAUAAUAUGAAACAAAAUUGUUUGAAUUAACCUGUGAAACUGAAUUAAAAGAAUUUAUGAAUAAAACUCAUUUACACAUCUAUGCAGUUGACUUGCAUACUUAAAACUAUUACAAUAUUAUCAUGUGGAUUUCAACUCACUCGGAGACCUGGCUUGCUAGUUGAAAAAAAUAAAACAUUUUAAUUA